AUGAUCAACAUGAUCACCAUCACCAUCACCAUCAUCAUCAGCAAAAUUAUCACCAUCGUCACCAUCAACACUGGGUCAUCGUCACGGGUGUUCGGCGAGGUGGUCGGGAACCAGGGAGACGCCGUAGUACCUGCUCGGCACGCAGCGGUGCUUUAG